GUGAAGAGUUAGAGCGGCGUAAUGUAGUCAUUCAGCGGUUACACGGCGUCUGUGCACCUGCAAGCUUCAGCAGAUGAACGGGCUAAACAUGGAAGUCGGAAUCCUGAAAUCUGAAUUGCAUCGAAAGAGCAGAGAGAUGGAGGCGCUGGAAGCUCAAGUCCAGCAGCAGAAGGAAAGUCUGCACAGGGCGAGCGACAAACUGAAGGACACCAAGAGGGCGGCUGCAAGCAAGAUACAUGACAAAGAAAGCAAACGUGAGGCCCUACAGAAGGAACUAUUAAAAGCUCAAAACCAGUACUCUGCAUGUUAUGAUGAGUUGCUCCACCGGGACAAACUUCUACAUAAACUUAAGGAAGAAAAUAUUCGGCUGACGGAGCAAAUCAUACAGCAGUCCCAGGACAUUUCCAAGACGAGCGAAGAAAGGAAGAGACUGGAGCUGAAGCUGGCAGUUGUCACAGAGAGACAUAAAACUGCACAACAGGAGGUUAAUAACAGAGAUCAAAUCAUUUUACAACUUAAAACAGACUUUAAAACAUCACAGGAGAAAUAUUUUGGCACUCAAGAAGAAUUGAGUCUUCAAGAGGCAGAAGUUUCAAGACUCCAGCAAAGGAUUAAAUCUCUACAAAGUGAAUCUCGGGAAUUGUGGGAAAAAUGCAACGAUCAGGAGGAUCGAUUGAAUCAGGCUGAAAAAGCAAAGCAGCAGCUCUUGCAUCAAGAAGAGAUCCACCUUGGCCAGAUCCAGAACUAUACGAUGAUUGUAGAGAAACUUCAGAGUGAUCUCGAUCAAGCCAAGCAUUCUCACACUGCUGACUUAGAAAGGUGGAACCAGAAAGCUUCCCUCAUGCAGAAAGAUCUGAUCUCUGAAUCUACAGAACAUCGAGCAGAUCUUCUGAAAAUACAAGAGUGCAAGGAUAAAAUAUUAUCUCUUGAGGAAAACUUAGAGCGCGCCGAGCUUGUGUACCAAAAUGCAAAAACGAAGAUGGAGACGCAAGAAGAAACAAUAAAAAAACAAAAUCUGGAGAUGAAACAACUACAAGAAGAGGUCCAAAAACUUGAAAAAAACAAAUUAGAAGGCCACAACCAGGCCAGAGCAUCAGAGUCUGCCCUAGAACAGUAUAAGAAAAAAUAUCGAGCCACUGUGGACACCAUGAAGUCUCUGGAGAAACACCUUGGUGCUCUACAACAGCACAUGACGGCAUCUGCUAGCGAGACUACGAACAAAAAGGAAACCAUUCAGAGCCUUGAAGCUGAAAUAUUGAUUCUUCAGCAUCGGUGUAAGGACAAGACUGACCAGGUAGAAACCUUUGAGCACCUGAUUGACCAGUUAACUGGAGAGUUGCAUUCCUCUAAGGACGAUGUUAAAUUGAGCAAAGAGCAGUGCCAGCAGUAUGGGCGGCAGGUGGAGACAUUGACCGAAAAGAUUGAUCUCCUCCAAAAGCAGAUCUUGAAGAGCCAAAAUGACAUAAAUAACAUUUCUUCUAAAUCCGAGGACUACAAGUCCGCUCACAGCCACACAAAUGACGAUUAUGAAGCACAGUCUUUACACCUACAGGAGUGUCAAAAAGACAUGGAGAACUUAAAAAAGCAAGUCUGUGAGAAGACAGCAAAAGUAGAAGAGUAUCAGCAAGUCAUUGAACGCCAGAACGCUGAAGCGGUGAAAGCACUUGACCAGCAGAGGAAGUAUGCACAUGAAACCGAAGAGCUAGAAAAGACCUUGCGUUCCCUACAUACGGAAAUCCUGACCGGCCAGCAGAAGCACAAAGCCGAGCUUCACCGAUUAGAGCAGUUGGAGGCAGAACUGAAGGAUUGCAAGGACGUUUGUGCGCAGAAAGACCAGGCAAUAAGCAAAAGAGAUGACCUUCUGCGAAAAUCGGAAGCUGAUCUCCUGCAGGCAAGGAAAGGUAUCAAAGAAAAGGCGGCGGAGGCAGAGCACCUUGACAGCGUGGUCAAGAAAUUAGAAGAGAGAAUCCAGGACGCGGAGAAAAAAACGAAUCAAAAGGAGAAGGAAAGCGUUGUGCUGAGAGCCGAGAUAAAGGACCUCGGAGCAGAGCUACAAGAUGUGCAUAAGCUGUACAGGGAAACAGCACAAGAACUUGCCAGUCAAGAAGAAAAACUUCUUCUGCUAGAAUCCAGCUUGAAAGCGACUGAAGAGCAGCUAAGUGAGCAAAUAGCUGAAACCGUUCGCCAGGAACAGACGGGCAGAAAAUCCCAGACGGACCUGAAGACCCUUAAAGAACACCUCACGGCUUCAGAGCGAGAGAAGAGCGAAUGCAAAGAAAUGCUUGAAAAUAUCAAGGCCGAAUUAACAACAUUAAAAGCUCAGCACCAAUUGACAGUUCAAGAAAGUCUUCAGCUCCAGCAGACUAAUCACAAGUAUGAGAUAGAAAACACCUCUGUCCGAGAGAAUGCUCGCAAUCUACAGCAGCAGGUUGAAAAUUUUGAGACCUUAGUGAAAGGUUUACGUGAAGAGCUCAUCCAGGGCCAGCUUCAUCACCAGGACGGGCAAACUCUGGUAGACAAGUUAAAGAAACAGGCUUCAGACCUGGAAUGUGAAGUUGAAAAUUUGAAGUCCAAGAAGAAGAGCGACUCUCAACUGAUUAAAGAGCAAGAAAAUCGACUAAUACGAUUGGAAGAUGAAAUCCGUCAGUUACAGGAGAAAAGUAGUUCUUCUCAAAGUGAUCUACUAGAAGCCCAAGCCCAGAUGAAAAUGCUCCUCCUAAAUGUUUCUACGGCAAAGAAACAGAUGAAAUAUUACACAACACAGGCCGAAUUUUAUGAGGAAACGAUAGCAAAGCUGCAAGAAGAUUUGGAACAUUCAAAGAGACACUGCAGAAAAAGCACAAAAAAUCUGGAGUCUGCUGAGCAGAACCUGUGUGAUUUGAGACUGGAAAUAACUUUAAUACAAGCAAAUUACAAACAGACAGUCGAACAGCUAAAUGUGAAGACAGAGGAGAACUCCGUUCUCAGUGCUGAAGUCAAAAGGCUGAAGGAAGCACUUUCGGGGUUAAAGCAAGAAUCCAAAGCCGAAUUGUUGAAGCUUCAGCACAGAAGUACCAAAGAGGAGGUUUCUAUCAAAGAAGAAACCAAUAUGGCACUUGCAGAUAAAUUACCAAAUUAUGCUGAACUGAACCGAGAAAGGCUCACUCUGCUUGAAAGGGAAAGUUUGGACCUUAGAGAGAAGCUGAAGCUUAGUAUUCUGGAAGUGGCAAACUUGCAAAAUGAACUGAAAACCACAGAAAAGAAAUACAUUACUGCACAGAGGGAGCUGGAAAUCCUGCGCCAAGCUCUAGAAGCAACACAAACUGACAACAGUCGCCUCCAUAAGGAAAGUGAAUUUGUGGCUGCAAAUGUUAAUCAGUGGAUCAAAGACCAAAAGUUUGCCAAUGAAAACCUAGGGGAGAAAAUUUGUGAGCAAAACCAACUUUUGGCACACUUGACAGAGGAAAGAGACAUCUUCCAAAAAAGAGAAGAGAUGUUGUCUGCAGUGGUUACCAGACUGAAAUCAGAAAUGGAGGAGAUGACAGCUGAGAAUGAACAAUUAAAGGAAAAUGGUGUUGAACAGCGAGCGCUACUUUCAGAACUUAAAAAACAGCUGGAAACACUAGAGUUGGAGCACACAAACCUACUGGAGAAGAAUCUAGAAGCCACCGAAGACAUGCAAGUUCGGUUAAAGAACAAUAUAACGUCCAUUCAUUUUUUAAGCCAGAAGCUGGCUGCACUAAAUCAAGAGAAUGGGCAUCUGCAGCAGAAGCUGGACGAGGAGAGGCUUAGAAACCACCAGCUGGAUCUCCAGUUGGAAACCUGCAAUCAGACUCUGUCUAAUCUUUUCACUCAUCUGAAAGCUGAAGGACAAAAGGAUGUUCUUCACAAGGAGCAAACCCCUAACAAUAUUUUAUGCUGCAACCACAAGAACCAGCCACGUUGUGAUAAACCACUGCAGAUUCUUUCCCAAUGCCGGGAGACAAAGGACAAUUUAAAAAGGUCCGUGGAACAAUUAGUCGGAAAAGAUUCAGAAGAGAAAUCCUGCUGGAACCAACAUAUUGCAGAGCUUUCUGCUCUUCUGCAAGACAAAUAAAAGCUGAUGAAUGGACAGAAAUGAUAUCAUGCAUUUAUUUAAUCAUUGGUUCUGACCCAAACAUUUUUUAUCAUGUGCUGCUCUGGAUUUCUGGAUUCUUUUAUAUAAAAGUACUGCAUACUUUACUGGCUGAUUGUCCAUGUUUAGAUGGUGGUUAGUUUUCACCAGGAAGUAGACAUUAUAUGUCAUAAUCUAUAUUGCUUAGGCCCUGGUUAGAGGUUUCAUGGUAUGUGUAAAUAACAUUUUUAUUUCAUAUCUUUUUAU